AUGGCUCCUCGUGAGGAGCUGAUCGCAUCUGCUGUGACCUUCCUACAGGACCCCUCAGUGGCUUCGUCGCCUAUCGAGAAACGAGUUGCAUUCCUUCAGUCUAAGAACUUGACACAAGAGGAAGUCGACCUCGCAUUAUCGCGGGUCGGUGAGGAUCCAGCCGCCGCAGCCGCAGCUUCUGGCACUGCGUCCUCAUCGUCGCAAGGAUACUCCUCACAACAGGUUGCUUACCGGCCAUCUCCACAAGCGGCCCAGGGAUAUGGCUAUCCCCCAUACAAUCAAUGGCAGCCUUCCCCCGAGCCGCCUAAGCGCGACUGGCGGGACUGGUUCAUCAUGGCAACCGUGAUGGGUGGAGUGGGAUACGGACUGUAUUUUGUUGGCAAGCGGUAUAUUGCUCCAUUGAUUGCCCCGCCAACUCCUCCUCAGCUGGAGCAAGAUAAAGAGAACAUCGACGCGCAAUUUUCGCGAGCGUUUGAUUUGAUUGAUCAGCUUUCUACCGAUACCGCUGCCUUGAAGGCUGCCGAGGAUGCUCGCACCGAGCGCCUGGAUUCGGCUCUCAAGGAUGUUGAGAACCUCGUUUCAGAUCUGAAGCAUGCAUCACGACGAAGGGAUGAUGAGACCCGUCGGAUUAGCGACGAAGUCAAGUCAUUGAAGGAGGCGAUCCCCAAGGCCCUUGAGGGUGCUCGGGAUGGUAAUGAGAACCGACUGAAGGAGCUCGGUUCUGAGCUGAAGAGCCUGAAGGUCCUGCUGGGCAACCGUCUGGGCGGCAGCACCGCUGGCCCCCCUGUUGGUCGUACUGUCGGCAGCUCUACUCCCACCCCUAGUACUACUCCUCAGCCGGCGCCUGAACCCACCCCUGCAACUGCUCCCGCAACCAACGGUCUGCACGCCACCGUGACCCCGGCCGAGCAGGAGCCCCAGCCGGCUGCUGCGCCGGCGCCAGUCGCCGAGAGCCCUCUCGCCAAACUCGGCCGCUCUGCCUCCAUCCCGGCCUGGCAGAUGGCUGCUUCCAACCGAUCUAAGAGCUCUUCCCAGUCAAGCCCCGCCCCGACUGGUGAUAAACCAGCUGGUUCGAGCACUGAGCAGAGUGCUCCACCCAGCUAA